UACUGAGACAGUUGUUGUUGAUUUCCGUGUGAGCGCUGCCGGUGUGCUUAGGGACUGCAGAUCAUGCCUCCGGGUGAACAACUAGCACCACCUUCAGCGGAUGUUGUAUAUUAUAACAAAGAGUUUUUGAACAAAAGAGAUCAGAAAAUUUACUGCUACUAUUGGAAACCGGCUGAAGUUCCAAAAGCCAUACUGUUGAUCAGUCAUGGGUUUACAGAACACUGUAUGAUGUAUGAUGAACUGGCUCACGAAAUGGCCCGCAGACGGUUUUUCGUCUUCGCGCAUGAUCACAUGGGUCAUGGACAUAGUGAAGGCACCAGAGCAUUUAUGAAUUGCAUACAUGAAUUAGUAGAAGACUCCGUCAGACACAUCAAGCUUGUCCAAGAGGAAUAUCCUAAUCUACCUCUUUUCAUUUGUGGUCAUUCUAUGGGAGGCUCCAUUUCGCUGCUAACAUCUUUGGAGAAAGAAAUCGAAGUGAGCGGCGUGGUGCUGAUUGCUCCAGCUCUGGCGCCAAAUCCGGAAACGGCGACAUUUUUCAAAGUCAUGGCCGUAAAAUUGCUGAACAAGUUCGUGCCACACUUUCCAGUUGCAGUCUCAGAUUUCGGUCUCAGUUGUCAAAAUGGAAAAAAAGUUGAAGAGAUGAGAAAUGAUCCAUUAAGACAUCACGGCUACUGGAAAGUGCGCCCUGUGAUGUGUCUGCUAGAAUCCGGACGGGAAAUCCUAAACAAAAGCACAGAUGUAAAUUUUCCAAUUUUAGUCCUUCAUGGGGAUAAUGACAAAAUCUGCCAUCUCUCAGGAGCCACACGACUGUAUGAGAAAGCAACUUCCUCGGAUAAGACUUUAAAAAUUUAUCCAGGAGCUUAUCACAGUUUACUUAAUGAACCUGAAGAGAUUGCAGAUGAUGUAUUCGAUCAAACAGUGCAGUGGCUAGAAGAAAGAGCUUAAUUUAUUACACCUUAAAGUCAUACAGAAGUUUGCAGCUGGGAGAUUAAGAAAGAAGGGAUCUACUUGAUUUUAGGAAGGAUACAAUGGAUUCAGUGUUAAUAAGUAUAAUGGCUCAUACAAUUUUCCAAAUGCUGGGCAUCAUUUGAUUUCUUUCAUACACUGUAUGCCAUUCGGCAUAUCCAUGUUCUUUUUCCACUUUAUAAAGUGUUUAUUUAUUCAUUAAAACAUUCUGCUCAUAAA